UAUUUGUUCCUUCUCAAAUGUAGUGAGCACACAUGGAUCAAACUAACCUGGAAUGGCAGACCUUUAAUGGCUCUCUCCCCAACGGAGCAGUUUCAAUCUACAAUGAAAAGGAGAAACGCACCGACUAUGUUGCCAAAUACGGUAUCGCGGCCGGCUUCUACAACCCUGACAAGGGUCCUUACUGCCUCUACCCCUAUGGUGAGAAAGAGCUCCGUGGCUCCCCAUUUGAGAUCCUGGUAAACAAAGACAACUUUGAGUUUUUAGAAUGGAAGGAUGGCUCCUAUGGUUCAGUGCCUCAGAAUGCAGUCGAGACCAGCCCCGGCAGGAAUAUAUAUGUUGGGAAGAAUGAGUAUGGUCUUGGGAAGGUAGAUGUUAAAAAUACAGCUUUCUUCCUUCCGAGGAACGGUUCUGAGACUUGGUACAAGACAUAUCAAGUCCUUACCUUUAACAAAGAUGUAAUUAGCGAGGACAUAUCUGAUGUCAAGUAUAAGACUGAUGGGGUUAAACCCAUUCAGUAUCCUCCAGAGACCAUGCAAAUAUCUGUCCUCACCAACAAUGAGUGCCGUUCAGUGAAACAGACAACUACCCUCUCAAAGACAAUCCAAAAGGAGCAAAGGUGGGACACCAGCUUUUCGUUUACAAUGGGCGUCAAGAGUACCAUCACUGCCGGAAUCCCCGAAAUCAUGUCCGCAAGCAUUGAGCUUAGCGCUGAAACAACCCUCCAGUUCUCCAAGGGGACCACUCAUACCGAGUCGACCACCCAGUCUGUUUCUGUUGAGGCUGAAAUACCACCAAACCACUCCUGCCGUGUCAGUAUGGUGGGAUAUAAGUACACGGCAGACAUCCCAUACACUGCACGCCUCAAGCGCACCUACAGAAAUGGGAAGACCUCAUGGACGUCCAUCUCUGGGACCUACAAAAGCGUCCAGAUGGGACAAGUCCAGGGUGUGGUGGAUCGCUGUGAACCUGUACCUAACGCCAAGCCCUGUCCCUUAAAAAAAGAGUAAUGGAAGCGGUUUCAUGAGAUACGACACCUGACAUAUUGUAUG